AUGGAGAUGUUUAGGGAAGUGCUGGAAAAAGGGAAUUUGACCGACCUGGGGUGGAAAGGGGAGAAGUUCACAUGGUGCAACCGACAUGAAGACGAAUCUUUUAUUAAAGAAAGGUUGGAUAGAGUUGUGGCAAACCCCGAAUGGAGAGCUAUUUACAACGAUUUCAGAGUGGAAACUUUGCCUGCUGUCUGUUCAGACCAUAGGCCUCUUGUGUUGGAAUGCUUGCAAUGGAUCAGAUGGAGGAGGACUAAUUUCCAAUUUAAGUAUGAGGCUAACUGGCUUAAAGAGGAGGGGUCUUUAGCAAGGGAGAGAACUAAUGCUAUUAAAGAAAAGACCUUUCUACUAAGCAAGCUUCAGGAAAAUGAGGGCUUGGAGAGCAUGAAGCUUCAAAAAAGAACUCAGGAGGAGCUCGGUUUUCUGCUAGAACAAGAGGACCUUAAAUGGAAGCAAAGAGCAAAAGAAAAGUGGCUGGAAGGAGGGGAUAGGAACACCAAAUUUUACCAUGCUAGUGUGAACCAAAGAAGGAAAAAGAAUCUCAUAAAAAAGGUAGUGGACAGUGAAGGCCAGGUUUUAACUGAUAAGAGGGAUAUUGCACUGGGCUUCUGGGAGCAUUUCUCGAAAGUUUAUGAGUCUUCUCAGCCUUCUACAAGGUGUAUCGAACAAUGCUUGCAGGGAGUGGAGGAAAAAAUAACACCAAAGAUGAGAGGAGAUCUAGAGAAGAGUUUUACCACCGUGGAAGUGGCAGCAGCACUCAAGCAAAUGGCACCCCUCAAGUCCCCAGGGCCAGAUGGCUUUGGUGUGGGUUUCUUUCAAGAUCACUAG